AUGAUGCAAGUCCCUUCGGGAAUGCAGCUCAUGCAGAUUCCAACCCAAGGUGGCGGCACUGUGACUGUCCCUUACUCAAUGAAUGCUAAUGGUGAAAUUGCGUUCAGCAGAAUGCAACUCGGCCAUCAAGGAUUCAGUGGUUCUCAAGUGCGCCAAGGAUUCCAUGCAACUCAAGCUCAAACUCCGCAGGUUGUGAAGACUGGCUAUUUCAAUACGACUACUCUUGAAGAUCCAAUCAAACUCUUGAAACAUAUUGAACAAUGCAUGAAGAAGAGUGCUGAUGUUGAGUAUGACUUCUUGGAUUUCUGGGAAGCCAACCAAAAGUUCUUUGCCAUGAAACAAGGAACAAACGAAAACUUGAUGCAUUUCAAGGAACAAUCCUUGAGACAGGCUGAAGUCCUGCAAGAUCAAUAUGGCGUUGCCUGGUUCCGAAAUUUUGCAGUCAAGACCACAGCGUAUGCUGCUAUUGCUAGCACCGACACUGCUGCUCAAGACAAGUUCAAGGAUGAUAUCUUUGAAGCCGUUCUUGCAACAGGAUUUCUAUGCAACUGCAAUCAAAUGAGAACAGCUCCUUUGAUGCUGGAUCUUCAGCCAAACUAUUGCAGGGAAGUGGAUUACCAUCCAAAGACGGAAAAGACCAACCAAAGAAAGGCAAAGGGAAAGGGAAAGGAUGGAAAGAAGAAGGCAGCAUGUUAUGUAUGUGUCAAUGAAGACCAUAUGUCUCCAAAAUGCCCAGACAGACUGCUUCCAAAGAUCCAAUGGAAGGAUCCUGAUCAGUAUGUUGAUUAUGGGACAAAGCUUAAUCUAAAUCAGAUUGGAGCAACAGUCCCAGCUACAGUUCCUGGAGCUUCUCCAGUGACAAGUAUUGUCACAAGUGGAGCAUCAAGUGUUGCCAGAAGCGUUAACACACCUUUGCGACUUGCUGGUACUACAGGUGGUCAGCAGAUGAUGCAAGUUCCUCCUGGAAUGCAGCUAAUGCAGAUCCCAACUCAAGGUGGCGGCACUGUAACUGUGCCUCUAUGA